CUGUGACGUAGAACGCAUAUCAAUGGUCUCUUCCUGGAUAGGAAAUUUUUGUGAACCGGUUGAUGUUUUGAUAAUUUACCUGACAAUUCAUCUGACGCACACUACAGCUGACGCAGCCAUAGUCUCCUUAUAAGUAUAAAGUUCGCUUUGCACCGUAAACAUAGUCAUCGUGAAUACCACUUUAACCAAAUAGCAACAAGUACCUGUAGGCCGACUGCAACAGCCUCGGAUUUCCAUUGAGUAGUAACCUGUUUUUGGCUAAGUAACAAUUAGCGGGAGCGAUCAUUUUCAAGUAUGCUAGACUAUUCCAUGUUUGAGCUGUCUCAAUUUAUAAAAUAUGGAUAACUCAAAGCAACCAAAAUCAGACAUUUACCACGAGCGACAGGUAAAGGAACUAUGUGCCCUACAUGCACUCAACAACCUUUACCAGGACAAAAAGGCGUUCAGCAAAAAAGAUUUGGACGAAGUCUGCAUUAGACUUUCUCCUGAUCAUUUCAUCAACCCACACAGAAGUGUCCUUGGCUUUGGCAAUUAUGAUGUCAAUGUAAUCAUGGCAGCUGUUCAGAAAAAAAAUUGUGAAACACUUUGGUUUGAUAAGAGAAAAGAUAUUAAAUGCUUAGUCCCAGAAAAUAUCUUUGGAUUCAUCCUGAACAUACCAACAGAUUAUAAAUGGGGCAUGUUGAGACUUCCAUUCAAGAGGAAACAUUGGAUAGCCUUUCGCAAGAUAGGUGAUGUUUACUAUAAUUUGGACUCGAAGCUAGACACUCCCCAAGUGAUAGGCGAUGAAAAGAUUUUGCUUGGAUUUUUGCGUCAGGAGCUGGAGGAUGAGGAAAAAGAACUACUAUUAGUGGUCCACCAGGAUGUUGAACGUAAGGGAUCCUGGAGAAAAACAGAAGAAAAGAAGUCCAGGAGGUCGAGUGGUAGUAAGGGCAAGAAAUCAAGUGAGUCCGGGACGCCUACACACUCUGGGAGUCGGGACACGCCAAAACAUCUUGCCUCUCGCCGAGAAGAUAUUGUCCAGCCAUUUCAAUGUAAUUCGGCCAGUGGUAAUCCUACCUCACUUAACACCGUGCCACAUCUCCAGAGUCUCCACGAUCUCUGAUCACCACCACCGGUCAAGGCCAAUGCUAUAUUAAAGACUCCUGCCUUCACUUGUCAUGCUCAUCAGAACAUGCUAUCUACAGAAUCUCUAUCACGGUAACCUUCAUACAUCAAGGGCAUCACUUCAUGAGCUCAACAGUGCUACAUGUAGUUCAAUAUUGCAUGCGGUGACAUUAUUAUUUUUCAUCCAUCAAGUAAUGACAUAUAGAGAUAUGCAGCUUUUUAUGUAUACUUGUUGGUAGAUGUUUCGUGGUGUAGUGUUCGAAAUUAAGUUUAAAUUUCAUUCAUCUUGCCUGCUUGUUGUAUAAAUUAUUUAAAUUUUUAAUUGGUCUUAAUUUAUUCAGUAAAGGUUGGUAAGAACUUGAUUUCUCAAGUUUGUUACUUAUGAUGAAGAUAAAAUCAAUUUUGAUAGUUUUGGAUCAGAUGACAGAUUUGUUCCUGACUUGAUUCAUUAGUUCUUUGCUGAUUACAUCUCAUGCAUUUUACAAUCAUCAUUCCUCUUUUGUCAUUAAAUGUGAAUUUCCAUUUAAAAGUAAUCAAUAUCAUAUGUCUAUUUUAUAAAGCUCUAACCAGGAAAUAGAUUGUUUGUACAGAACUACUAAAUAUUCAUUACAAAAUGCUUUAUAAUAAAAUCAAGUGUUAGGAUUUUCUAUGUUUUUACUUUAUGAUAUUCUAUUUUGUUGAUGUAUUUUAUACACUAAUAGGAUGAAUGAGAAAGUGUAAUAUGUGGUAGUAUAGGUCACCACAGGUGCAAUUUUUACCAGUUUCCUCUGGCCCCAACACCAUACAUUAAACAUGUUGAUAAAGCUGGUGUGAGCAUCCAUCUUUCAAGAUGUCAGCUUUGGGGCCAGAGAAACUUGGUAUACUGUAAUUAAUACAAUUGAAUGGAUGAGGAGGUAUGGCAGGUUGUAGGUCUUGUGAUACAUGUUUUUUAUACGUUGUAAUUGAUUGGAUGUUAAAUCACAGUACCUGUAUUUGAAUAGAUGAAGUGAGGUGUGUCAGAAAACUUGUGAUGUGAUAGUAUGUAUCCGACAGUAUAUGUAUUUUAUACACGUUGUUGUAAUUGGAGGGAAAUUCUGUACAUUUUAUGCCAUAAGCGAUAUACCCAUGACUGCCUCAUGUAAUCUGUAUAUCGUUUUUUAUCUUUUCAAGUUUGUAAAAUGAGAAAACCAUGUUGUCUGUCAUUGUGUAUUAUAUAAAACAAACUGUACUGCUAUUGUUAUUGUAUGUAUAUAAAUAGAACUUACAGAAGUUAUGGUAUCAUGUGCAUAUACAAUGUGUUGGUCAGUAAUUAUGAUGUAAUGUGGUUGUUGGUAACUGCGAUAUUUGACAUUACUCAUAAUCUCUGAUUCUCUGAAAAUAACCAGGAAUAUUCCCUGGAGACACAAAUUGCUAAAAAGGUUGGAAGUUCGCUUCAGUAAAGGUGUUUUAAGGAUAUAUGCUACCUUACUAAUAAUUUUGUGGUUUAUUAGCUCACCAAGUAAUAAUAGUAUUAUUGGACCUUGUGAACAUGAUAACUGGUGUAAAUAUUAUCCAUGUUUGAUGAGACUUUGUAUGCAGCCAUAUAUCGACAAGAUUUCAGACAAUUUUGAAAAUAGUAAUUAUUUGACAUCAACUUACAGAGUUAUCAUUAAUAAUUUUUUAUCUCACCUGGCCUGAAGGUGAAUCUUUUUAAAACGCUACUAGUCCUGAACAACUAAUUGGAUUUUGAUGAAAUUUGGCCUGGAGAAUUAUUUGCCAAUGUUGUAUGUUGCAUAAAUGAAGGAUGUGACAUCCCCCUGGGGUGGGAGAAAGGGACCCAAUAGGGGAAAUAUAGCAAAAAAAGAGAGAAAAAAACCAACUUUAAAAUUCAUUUUCUUUUUUCAAGGAUGAUAGGAUUUAGUAUUUAUGUUCAGAUCGUUGUCCAGUUCAAUUCUACAAAAAUUAAUUGUUUAUAGAACUCCCAUUAUAUAGAACUCUCACUGAAUAAGUUUCAUGUCAAAGUAAGGUAGCUUGAAUUAUGUAGCAUACAUCCUUAAGUCUCCAUGUCAAAGUUAAGUAGCAUACAUCCUUAAGUCUCCAUGUCAAAGUUAAGUAGCAUACAUCCUUAAGUCUCCAUGUCUAAGUUAAGUAGCAUACAUCCUUAAGUCUCCAUGUCAUAGUAAGCUAACAUAUCCAUCAAACAAGAGAUGGAAUGUGAUAUCAAUCUGUGUAUGUGAAUUCACUGGAAUGGUGAAGAUAUCUUUUCAAGAGAUCUAGGUUAUUUUUCUCCAAAUUUGAUACUUUUGGUAUAAAUACAGGUCUUUGUUUGGUAUAAAUACAGGUCUUUGUUUGGUAUAAAUACAGGUCUUUGUAAAGCAAAUUUCUGUGUAUAAAGCAAACUGUGGAAAUUAGAUUUAGAUAUUCAGCCUGAAUUGAAAGGGAAUGACAAUAUUUAGACCAAAACUGAAUAUGUGAUUGUAAAUUUCUAAUGUUAUUAGGAAGAUAUGGAGAAGAUCGUCCUCUCUAUUAUAGUAUUAAAUUAUCACACAGGCAUUCCUCUCUAUAAGGUCAUAAAAACAACUUACCCAAAUCCUACAGAAACAUGAAGUCCUAGUUACAAUACCUACUGUUAUAGGUAAAAUUACAUUACUUGUUGAUAAAUAAAUGAUACAUUGUUACUUAAAUAUUAUGUGAUUCUUGUAAGUUCAAAUACUUUUCAUUUUAAUGAACUUUAUAAAUGUACUAUUUUCAUUUAUUUAAUGAUUAUUUUGUCAACAAAAUGCUGUAAUUGGCAAAACAUGACUAGACAUCCAAUAUAAGUACUAGGUACAUCUGUUAUACACUUGUUAAAUAUGAGCACCCUGACUCAGGUCACCGGAAAUAUACUUUCUAAAUGGCAACAAUAAGUAUUAAUUCUAUAAAUGUAAUAUACAAUGUAGUUCUAUCUGAAUUAGGUCUCACUGUUAAUUCGUGUAUCAAAGGGUAUUAAUACACCACGAUAACAGUCUGUUUAGCAACAGUUUCAUAUCUACACUAGCAUCUUGGUUAUCUCCAUUAAUUGAAAUUUCUACCAAAUAUUAAUAUAUUAACAAAUAUUGUUUUCCGCUUUGAAUCUGGUUAUAAUGUAAGUUAUACAAUACGUAAGAUUUCUUUAUUAAAAGUCAAAUCCCAUUAUGAGGGGAAUCUGUUGUACGAUAAACAUAUACCUGGUAUAUAGUUUCAUGUUAUCUGUGAGUUGUUGAUCAACACAAUCGUUAAUGUUUUUGUCUGUGUAUAUGAGGAGAGUCCCUAAUGUGUUAUCAUACUUAAUCAGAAUAGUGGUAGUAAUUCGGUCAUGAAGAGCAGGGAUUGUCCUUCAAUCUGUUUUAAGUGAAGAAUAUUUCCUUUCCUGGAUAUAAUAUUUAGGAUUGUUCUUUGGUAGCAUCAGACAAUUACGAUGUACAGUGGUAAUAUCAGACAUUUACGAUGUGCAGUGGUAAUAUCAGACAUUUACGAUGUACAGUGGUAAUAUCAGACGUUUACAUAUACAGUGGUAAUAUCAGACAUUCACGAUGUACAGUGGUAAUAUCAGACAGAUACAAUGUACAGUGGUAAUAUCAGACAUACAAUGUACAGUGGUAAUAUCAGACAGAUACAAUGUACAGUGGUAAUAUCAGACAUACAAUGUACAGUGGUAAUAUCAGACAGUACAAUGUACAGUGGUAAUAUCAGACAUUUACGAUGAACAGUGGUAAUAUCAGACAUUUACGAUGUACAGUGGUAAUAUCAGACAGAUACAAUGUACAGUGGUAAUAUCAGACAGUUACGAUGAACAGUGGUAAUAUCAGACAGUUACAAUGUACAGUGGUAAUAUCAGACAGUUACGAUGAACAGUGGUAAUAUCAGACAGUUACAAUGUACAGUGGUAAUAUCAGACAGUUACAAUGUACAGUGGUAAAUCAGACAUUUACAAUGUACAGUGGUAAUAUCAAGACAUUUACGAUGUACAGUGGUAAUAUCAGACAUUUACGAUGUACAGUGGUAAUAUCAGACAUUUACGAUGUACAGUGGUAAUAUCAGACAUUUACGAUGUACAGUGGUAAUUUCAGACAUUUGGGAAGAAAAGAAUGUGUUACAUGUGUUGUCAGUUUUUGUCUCCUGUUUCUUGAUUAUCAGUGUUAAUGUUAACAUAUGUUCAAUCAGAUAUUGUAUAUGUAUCAGUAUUUAUAAACAGAACAGACUCGGUAACAGGAUCGACAUGAGCUUUUGUGAUAUUAUUUAUAAAGACACUACUUACAUGCAGUUUAUUAUUAACUCACCUGGUACAAAGUGCCAAAGAGCUUUUAGAAUGGCACACUACUGCCUGUCAUAUGUCGACUAAUGGCCAUAUGGUAAUGACAAGGAUUGUGAUAUUUUUACCUGUAUUAGACUGUUGACUUUGUUCAGAUAAUUUGCCAUAGAUUAUGUUCAAUUUCAUGAGUCAGAUGUGUCAAAAAGUUUACUUUUAAAUGAUAAAAAACAGACCUUUAGUUGAGUGAGAACGGUUACUAUAACAUGGAUGUUUUAGUUCUACCAACUCGGUGGAAAUAAUCAUCUUAACCCACACCCAAAGUCACAGGGGUCUGUAACUUUAAACACUUUUUUUUACACUAAAACCUGACCAUGGUAUAAGACCUGUAACUUUCCUGAAUUAAAAGCCAUCAAUAUUUAUAUAUAGAAUACUGCACCUGGCCAUGAUAUGUGACCAGUGUAACUUGCCUGAAUAAAAUGCUAUCAUUAUCCCUGUAAAUGACUUUUCAUAAUGUACUAGUCUUGAUUUCUUCACAUCACUCUCAAGACAUAGUGGUCCAGGAAAAUUUCAUUGCUGGGAUUUACAAGUUAUCAAUAUAUAUAUUAAACAUGUAUUGAUAUGUUGUUCAUAUACAAGUCUCUUAUCUGGACACACAUCCAAGUUUACAAAUUGAAAACAUACAUAUUUUCUGAUGUAUUUCAGUAAGUAUUGCAUAAGUUUCUCCAACACUAUAAAGUAACAGGUGAGGGGUACCAGCCUCUUCGGUAUCCUGUUGUGUAUAUAAACAAUAGACCUGGUUUGUAAGAGCAUGGGAACUACAUGUACCGGUAGCAUGAUGUAUUGCCUCCUUCCCUAUAUGCGAUGUUGUAUAGAGGAGACAAGGGUUAGGCUACUGUCUUUUGUGCUUGUGGUAGCUUUUAAUUCAUUGGCUAGUAAAUGAUACCUUAUUCAAUUAAUCUGGAUGAUAUUACAUUUGAUACAAUUGGGGAUGUGUAUGGGUUUGUGCAAUAUACAAUAAUAUAAGACUUGAUCAAGCAUGAUUCAGGUAAAAGUAUUCAGACUAUAUGUACCAGUAUGUGCAUUUUUAUAGUCAACUGAUAAUGGUAAUAGAAGUAAUUUUUUUAUGUUUGUACUUGUGGAAAACAACAAAAAUGUACCUAGUGAGGUUUACAGCCAAUUGGUAAUGUGAAGGUACCUAGUGAGGUUUACAGCCGAUUGGUAAUGUAAAGGUACCUAGUGAGGUUUACAGCCGAUUGGUAAUGUGAAGGUACCUAGUGAGGUUUACAGUCGAUUGGUAAUGUGAAUGUACCUAGUGAGGAUUACAGCCGAUUGGUAAUGUAAAUGUACCUAGUGAGGUUUACAGCCGAUUGGUAAUGUAAAUGUACCUAGUGAGGUUUACAGCUGAUUGGUAAUGUAAAUGUACCUAGUGAGGUUUACAGCCGAUUGGUAAUGUAAAUUUACCUAGUGAGGUUUACAGCCGAUUGGUAAUGUAAAUGUACCUAGUGAGGUUUACAGCCGAUUGGUAAUGUGAAUGUACCUAGUGAGGUUUACAGCCGAUUGGUAAUGUAAAUUUACCUAGUGUGGAUUACAGCCGAUUGGUAAUGUAAAGGUACCUAGUGAGGUUUACAGCCGAUUGGUAAUGUAAAUGUACCUAGUGAGGUUUACAGCCGAUUGGUAAUGUGAAGGUACCUAGUGAGGUUUACAGCCGAUUGGUAAUGUAAAUGUACCUAGUGAGGUUAACAGCCGAUUGGUAAUGUGAAUGUACCUAGUGAGGUUUACAGCCGAUUGGUAAUGUGAAUGUACCUAGUGAGGUUUACAGCCGAUUGGUAGUGUAAAUGUACCUAGUGAGGUUUACAGCCGAUUGAUAAUGUGAAUGUACCUAGUGAGGUUUACAGCCGAUUGAUAAUGUGAAUGUACCGUACUUGGUCUAGUUACAUUAGAUUAUUAACUCAUGCCAACAGGACUUUUUUUAAACAUUUAGAUGAAAACAAAGUUUUCUAAUUUUUUCAUAACAUACUGAAGAAUACAUUGUUACAGAUUGUGAUUGAAAAUAUUUAGUUCGAGUGCUCCUCUGGUUCCUCCUAAGAUUAUGAGGAAUUUAUAAGUUGAUCUCCAGAGAAACCUGUUAUCACACUGUUUAUGAGUGUUUUAUUGACAAUAUGAAUAUGCUGUGACAUGUUAGUUUACAUGGUGUAACAUAUUAAUAACUGUAUAUUAUUUCGUCAUUAUAAAUAAAGGACUUUUGUAGAUCUG